AAGAGUUUAUAAGUUAGCAAUAUGUAUUUCUGGUGUUCAUUUCUUUAUUCAGCAAAUAUUUGAGUGCCCAAUUACUGCCAGUAACUAGGUGUAUGGUUGUCAGAGAGUCAUCAUCCCACCCUGUGAACCUGCUCUCUUUGAGAAAACCUGCCAGGUGAUGCUAACUGCUGUGAGGACAACAAGGUGAAGUGAUGGUGAUUGGCGGUGACUAGGCAACAUAACUGGGACUGAGUGUCAGAGUCUCCACAGAGACAGUGCAGAUGUGGCGGCUGAGGUUCCUGCUGCUUCUCUGUCUGACGUGUAAAGGAAGCACCUUCUAUGUCCCUGGAGUUGCGCCAAUCAAUUUCCACCAAAACGACCCAGUAGAGAUCAAGGCUGUGAAGCUUACCAGCUCUCGAACCCAGCUUCCUUACGAGUACUACUCAUUGCCCUUCUGCCAACCCAGCAAGAUAACCUACAAGGCAGAGAAUCUGGGAGAGGUGCUGAGAGGGGACCGGAUUGUCAACACCCCUUUCCAGGUUCUCAUGAACAGUGAGAAGAAGUGUGAAGUUCUAUGCAGCCAAUCCAACAAGCCAGUAACCUUGACAGUGGAACAGAGCCGGCUGGUAGCAGAGCGAAUCACAGAAGAGUACUACGUUCACCUCAUUGCUGACAACCUGCCUGUGGCCACCCGGCUGGAGCUCUACUCCAGCAACCGUGACAAUGAUGACAAGAAGAAAGAAAAAGAUGUGCAGUUUGAACAUGGCUACCGACUUGGCUUCACGGAUGUCAACAAGAUCUACCUGCACAAUCACCUCUCAUUCAUCCUUUAUUACCACCGGGAGGACAUGGAAGAGGAUCAGGAGCACACAUACCGUGUCGUCCGCUUCGAGGUGAUUCCCCAGAGCAUCAGGCUGGAGGACCUCAAAACAGACGAGAAGAGUUCAUGUACCCUACCUGAGGGUGCCAACUCCUUACCCCAAGAAAUUGAUCCCACUAAGGAGAAUCAGCUGUACUUCACCUACUCUGUGCACUGGGAGGAAAGUGACAUCAAAUGGGCCUCUCGAUGGGACACUUACCUAACCAUGAGUGAUGUGCAGAUCCACUGGUUUUCCAUCAUUAACUCUGUCGUGGUGGUCUUCUUCCUGUCAGGCAUCCUCAGCAUGAUUAUCAUCCGGACCCUGAGGAAGGACAUCGCCAACUACAACAAGGAGGAUGACAUUGAAGACACUAUGGAGGAGUCUGGGUGGAAGCUUGUGCAUGGUGAUGUCUUUAGGCCGCCCCAGUAUCCCAUGAUCCUCAGCUCUCUGCUGGGCUCAGGCAUUCAACUCUUCUGCAUGAUCCUGAUUGUCAUCUUUGUGGCCAUGCUUGGGAUGCUGUCGCCCUCCAGCCGGGGAGCUCUCAUGACCACUGCCUGCUUCCUCUUCAUGUUCAUGGGGGUAUUUGGUGGAUUUUCUGCUGGCCGUCUCUACCGAACUCUAAAAGGCCAUCGGUGGAAGAAAGGAGCCUUCUGUACAGCGACACUGUAUCCUGGCGUGGUUUUCGGCAUCUGCUUUGUAUUGAAUUGCUUCAUCUGGGGAAAGCACUCAUCAGGAGCGGUACCGUUUCCCACCAUGGUGGCGUUGUUGUGUAUGUGGUUCGGGAUCUCCCUGCCCCUUGUCUACUUGGGCUACUAUUUCGGCUUCCGCAAGCAGCCAUAUGACAACCCUGUGCGCACAAACCAGAUUCCCCGGCAGAUCCCUGAACAACGGUGGUACAUGAACCGAUUUGUGGGCAUCCUCAUGGCUGGGAUCCUGCCCUUUGGUGCCAUGUUCAUUGAGCUCUUCUUCAUCUUCAGUGCAAUCUGGGAAAACCAGUUCUAUUACCUCUUCGGUUUCCUGUUCCUCGUUUUCAUCAUCCUAGUGGUGUCCUGUUCACAAAUCAGCAUCGUCAUGGUAUACUUCCAACUGUGUGCAGAGGAUUACCGCUGGUGGUGGAGGAAUUUCCUCGUCUCAGGGGGAUCUGCAUUCUACGUCUUGGUUUAUGCCAUCUUCUAUUUUGUUAACAAGCUGGACAUCGUGGAGUUCAUCCCUUCUCUCCUCUACUUCGGCUACACCACCCUCAUGGUCCUGUCCUUCUGGCUGCUCACAGGGACCAUCGGCUUCUAUGCAGCCUACAUGUUUGUCCGCAAGAUCUACGCUGCUGUGAAGAUAGACUGAGUGGGUGGACCAACGCUGGGCCCGCUGGACCCUCGGACAGGAAGCCGCCUUUCGUGGGGAACUGCAGGCACACAAAAUAAAAUAACUCCUGCUAUUUGGAAUGUAACUCCGGCACAGUGUUCCUAGACCCCCAGGCUGCAUGGGGGCAGGAGGGCCUGUAGAUAACCCUGCCAUUUCCUUCAUCUCAUCCAGUCUGUAGGGAUACAUUUUUUUUCUGUGGUGGUUUUUCUUCAGCAGGCGCUUUCUGACCUGUUAAUUUAGGUUCUUUUUGGUUUGGUUUUGGGUUUUCAUUGUUGUUGCUGUUUGAUUUUAGGUUUUUAUUUUUGGCUUUUUUUUUUUUUUUUUUUUUUUAAAAAAAAAAUGCAGAUCCAGGAUGGAUAAAUGUGGGGUUUUGGUCACUGUCCCCAUCAACUCCUCAGAGUUGUUGGUCACCCUACCACAAGCUGGAAGAGGAAACACCGGGGCUGCAGUGAGGGCUCCCAGCCUCUCAUUGCCCACCUUCAUCACCGAUGCCACGACAACACAACUGCAGCCCAGACAGUAACCUCAGUGCCAACCAAGCCCUGCCAGCCCCUCCUCCCAUUCUCUUCCCAGCCUGCCCUCUGCCGCCCAAAACAAGGCUGCCAGCCAGGCCUUUGGUCAUCGUUUUGACUGGGAACACUUGGUCACUACAAGGACAUGUCCUGGUUCCCUGGACAGCAGGAUCCCCUCAUCAAAGCAGCCAGAGUUUGCUGACCACCAAGGAUGAAAUGAGACCUCCAUUGACUGUUCUUGUGCCAAGAAGCCCUGGGUCAGGGCAAGUGUCUCCAGAGCCAAGUGCCCAUGUGUGUAUGGGAAGAGGUGGCUAAAGCCACUAGACUAGGGUGCUCACCCCUCAAGAUUGAUUCCCAGUCUUUCCCUCAGGGGCGCCGCUCUUUCUAAAGGGUAAUGGUGGACCCCUUCCCUCACUUUCAGGUCUGGAGUCUUCAGAUCUCUUCCUUGAGGUAGCCAGGGAGAGGAAGACUCUCAUGGCCAUUGGCCCCAGCAUUUAUUCUCAGUUCUUUUAGCCAGACCCACCCCCUCUUCCUCCCAUGCAAGUUCUUUUGGGGACACCCAGAAAACUUCCUUGAGAAGGAAAAUGGAAGGUAAGUUGGGUUGCUCCUUUCCCAGUUCCUAGGAAUAGGCAAGAAGCCAGUCUCCCCAAGUUGGAAGAGGCUCAUGUACCUGGCCUGGCUCCUUCACCCUACCCUAGACCCUGCAAACCCUGUGCAAGUCACAGAGUUUGCUCUUAAGUAGCAAGAGACCAAACCCACCUUGGGUGUAGGGGUCGGUAACAGCCACUCGCCCCUGCUCUAGGCCUGCGGGAACCUUCCAGGAGACAAAGCUCAGGGUGCCGCUUAGGAACACACCCUGCCCCUCGCUGCCCCACCUCCCUCCUGGGGCCCUACCUCCAUCAUCCGUCAAAUCAGUGCACCUCUCAAUCUUGCCUCGAAGUGACUUUGCAGCACUGAGCGGCGUCCACCAAGAAUCAGGCUGGAGAAAUGGGAGCCCAGAGAGUGGAGAGUGAUCGGGAGUUACUUGUUCAUUCAAAUCUUGCACCCACCCCCCAGGGUUCUCAUUGUGGGGGAGGGGUGGGGGAAAGGUUCAAACAUUGUCAAUUUUUCUGACUUUUUAAAUCAUCAUCAUUAUUUUUAAUUAAAACAAAUGCCUGUAUGCCUUUUUCUGGUCCAAUUGUAAAUAAAAUGCCAUGGUCCUGUUGUCUUGACUCACA